AUGGUGGGGGACAGUGACGCAGGCGCAGGCCCGGUUUCGAGCUGCGUUAAACGUAAGCGUACAUCUCGAGUCACGAGUGGGCAGCUUGAGAUAUUAUUGUCCAAGCUGGAAGCUAGUCCACAUUUGUACACAAGAAAAUUUAGUGGCCUGCACGGCAAGGAAUUUUUUGAAAAGGGCUGGAGGGAAGUUGCCGACGAGCUCAACCAGCUUCCCAACGGAUCCGUCAAGACGCCUGAGCAGUGGAUAACAGUAUGGAGAGACUUCAAAUGCCGGGCCUGCACUAAAGCGGCAAAAUUAAAACGAGAAAGAAUGCGGACCGGCAACCAAGGCAUCACCACUGCUCCACUGACUGAGACAUUACAACAUGAGGUGGAGGCUGGGGUAGAAAUGGUAGAAGUUGUUUGUUUGUCUCAAGAUAAUGAAUGCCAGUUGCUUGAGACUGAGAGAAACAAAGCAUCGCCAGCACCACAAAUUAUAGCAAGUGGCAGCAGAGCCACACCUGUUGCUUCACCAGCACCCAAUCAGCAACAGGUGCAAGAAGUAACUCUGCAGUCAGCAGCACCACAAAUAACAGAGAGAGGCAGCAGUGCAGCAGCUCUCAUCACAACACCACCCACUGUACGACAGGAGAGGCCCAGAAGGAUAAGGAAUCUGAAUCCUCGCCGAUCUACUGCCGAGCAAGCGAAUAUAGCUCGGGAGGAUUUCCUGGCAGUUGCAAAAUCUAAUGCAGAUUCAAUGAGGAUGCUGGCAGAGGCUGCCAACAUUCAGGCCGAGGCUGCCAGAAUGCAGGCGGAGGCAGCAAAAGUUCAGGCCGAGGCAUUUCAUUUAUUAGCUCAGGCUGUUGACAAAAUUGGAGAUUUGCUUGUUAUUAAAAAUAAUAAAUAA